UUCUUCUUAGGCUGCUUCCCCUUCCUCUUUUCCCAAAUAGAUAUGUAAACACAUGUAUUUUCCUGUUUAAAUUUAGCGAAUUGGUCCUCUGCCUGUGCCUUGAUUUAGCUAUUGGGCUGAGCCUGGCUUCUCCCUUCCCUGCUCGGAUAGGAGCCACUGGGAUCUGGAGCUCUAGCUUCCAAAUUGAAGCUGGCCUCAGGCCAGGUGACCUUUCCUUUCUCAGCGCGGACUGGCUCUCUGAGGCACUGACCGCGCACGGGAUCGUCUCCCCGGGCAUCUCGGCCGGUGGGAGCCGCAGCACGUCCAGCAGCGCCAUGUGGGUGACCCAACUCCUGCCGGUCCUGCUGCUGCAGCAAGUCCUCCUCCACCUCCUCCUCCGGCCCAUCGCCAUCCCCUAUGCAGAGGGACAGAAGAAAAGAAGAAAUACACUUCAUGAAUUCAAAAAGUCAGCAAAGACUACUCUAAUCAAAGAAGACCCAUUUUUGAAGAUAAAAACCAAAAAAAUGAACACUGCAGACCAGUGUGCUAAUAGAUGUAUUAGGAAUAAAGGACUUCCAUUCACUUGCAAGGCCUUUGUUUUUGAGAAAACGAGAAAACGAUGCCUCUGGUUCCCAUUCAAUAGCAUGUCCAGUGGAGUGAAAAAAGAAUUUGGCCAUGAAUUUGACCUCUAUGAAAACAAAGACUAUAUUAGAAACUGCAUCAUUGGUCGAGGAGGCAGCUACAAGGGAACCGUGUCUAUCACUAAGAGCGGUAUUAAAUGCCAACCCUGGAAUUCCAUGAUCCCACACGAACACAGCUUUUUGCCUUCGAGCUAUCGGGGUAAAGACCUACAGGAAAACUAUUGUCGAAAUCCUCGAGGGGAAGAAGGGGGACCGUGGUGUUUCACAAGCAACCCAGAGGUACGCUACGAAGUCUGUGACAUUCCUCAGUGUUCAGAAGUUGAAUGCAUGACCUGCAAUGGGGAAAGUUAUCGAGGUCCCAUGGAUCAUACAGAAUCAGGGAAGAUUUGUCAGCGCUGGGAUCAUCAGACACCACAUCGGCACAAAUUUUUGCCUGAAAGAUAUCCCGACAAGGGCUUUGAUGAUAAUUAUUGCCGCAAUCCUGAUGGCAAGCCGAGGCCAUGGUGCUAUACUCUUGACCCUGACACCCCCUGGGAGUACUGUGCAAUUAAAAUGUGUGCUCACAGUCCUGUGAAUGACACAGCUGUCCCUCUGGAAACAACUGAAUGCAUUCAAGGUCAAGGAGAAGGUUACAGGGGCACCAUCAAUACCAUUUGGAAUGGAAUUCCAUGUCAGCGUUGGGAUUCUCAGUAUCCUCACCAGCAUGACAUAACUCCUGAAAAUUUCAAGUGCAAGGACCUAAGAGAAAAUUAUUGCCGAAAUCCAGAUGGGGCUGAGUCACCCUGGUGUUUUACCACUGAUCCAAACAUCCGAGUUGGCUACUGCACCCAAAUUCCAAACUGUGACGUGUCAAGUGGACAAGAUUGUUAUCGUGGAAAUGGCAAAAACUAUAUGGGAAAUUUAUCCAAAACAAGAUCUGGACUAACGUGUUCAAUGUGGGAAAAGAACAUGGAAGAUUUACACCGCCAUAUCUUCUGGGAACCAGAUGCUAGUAAGCUGAAUAAGAAUUACUGCCGCAAUCCUGACGAUGACGCCCAUGGCCCCUGGUGUUACACUGGGAAUCCUCUCAUUCCGUGGGAUUAUUGCCCUAUUUCUCGUUGUGAAGGUGAUACCACACCUACAAUAGUCAAUUUAGACCAUCCUGUAAUAUCUUGUGCCAAAACAAAACAAUUACGAGUUGUAAAUGGGAUUCCAACACGAACAAAUGUGGGAUGGAUGGUUAGUUUGAAAUACAGAAAUAAACAUAUCUGUGGAGGAUCAUUGAUAAAAGAAAGUUGGGUUCUUACUGCAAGACAAUGUUUCCCUUCUCGAAACAAAGACUUGAAAGAUUAUGAAGCUUGGCUUGGAAUUCAUGACGUCCACGGAAGAGGAGACGAGAAACGCAAACAGGUUCUAAAUGUGUCCCAGCUGGUAUACGGACCCGAAGGUUCAGAUCUGGUUUUACUGAAGCUUGCUAGGCCUGCCAUCCUGGACGAUUUUGUCAACACGAUUGAUUUACCUAAUUACGGAUGCACAAUUCCUGAGAAGACCACUUGCAGCGUUUAUGGCUGGGGCUACACUGGAUUGAUCAACUCUGAUGGUCUGUUGCGAGUAGCACAUCUCUACAUCAUGGGAAAUGAGAAGUGCAGCCAGCAUCACCAAGGGAAGGUGACUCUGAAUGAGUCAGAAAUAUGUGCGGGGGCUGAAAAGAUUGGAUCGGGACCAUGUGAGGGGGAUUAUGGUGGCCCACUUAUUUGUGAACAACAUAAAAUGAGAAUGGUUCUUGGCGUCAUUGUUCCUGGUCGUGGAUGUGCCAUUCCAAAUCGUCCUGGUAUUUUUGUCCGAGUAGCAUAUUAUGCAAAAUGGAUACACAAAGUUAUUUUAACAUAUAAGGUACCACAAUCUUAGCCCAAGUAAGUGUGUCUGAAGCAUCCAUCAAUACAGCUGUCUUUUACAUGAAGAUUUCAGAGAAUGUGGAAUUAAAAUGUCACUUAAAACAACCUAAGACAACUACUUGAGAGUCAUGUUUGUUAAAAUACUCAUUAAUAUUUGUGGGUGUUUUCUGUUGUUUUGUUUGUCAGUGUUAUUUUGUAAAUGUUGAAAUGAGUUAGGGUACAUGCAAGUGUAGUAACAUAUUUCCUGAAGAUACUUGAAUGGAUUAAAAAAUGCAAAGGUGUAAUUGCUGGAUGAUAAAAGAUUUAAUGGAAAAGAUCAAUUAAUCUCUCUAUGCUGCUUUCCAAGGUUAGUUCCUUAAUGAUGAAUAAACCAUAAGUAACAUGUUACUUUAACAUCACCAAAACAUUUUACACCUUGGGUCCUUAAAUUGUAACUCUGUAUUAAAUUAUAAUUCCAUUUCAUAUGUCAUAUGUUAUAGUUCAUUCAUUUCUCCUCACUGUAUAUCUUGCAAUACUGGUACACAAACACACUUUUACAAAAAUACAUAAUCAUGUACAUAUGCCUGGGGACAUAUGUGCACACACUACACUAUAAAUUGUGGUAUACCUAAUGUAACCACGAAAUAUUUUGGAAGUAUAUACUUAUCAUAUUUCCUCAAAAAAUGGAAAUUUCUAAAGACCAGUAGGAGCAUUAAAGAAAGAUGAAACAUCAAAAUGACUAUUCCAUCCUCUGUACAUAAUCUUCAGAUGACCUUCAUUGGUUGGCAUUUCGGAUAUUGUUGUGACCUACAGAGUUAAAUAGAGUUAAUGCAGGUGAUUACAUGUAUUUAUUCUCUCCAUUAUUUCAUGUAGUUUCUUCAUCUUAAAGGAAAGAAAGUAAUUGGUCUAUUUUUUUCCUUCAAUUUUAGGGCCCCUUAUUUAUGCAAAACAUUUGUAAAUCUGUUUUCCUAAAGUAAUUCUUAAAUCUCAGAUAAGGGUUUCCUUGAAAAAAUUUAUAAGUGUUUUGGUCAAUAAAAAUGUAGCUACAAAGGUUAAUUCUUAGACUUUCUGCUGUAAUUGGUUUCUAGCCCAGUCUCUUUUUAAAAUUUUAAAAAAUAUUUAAAAGGAAAAAUUCCAUAUACCUUUAGAGUUUUAUAAAUCAUGCAUUAAAGAAUAUGUUGGAGAAUCAUGCAUUAAAGUAUAUGUCUAAGAAAAAAUGAAAAUACCUUUCCAAAUCUGGCAGUCUUCUAGCCUAACAAAGCUUUAUUCAAGUAAAAGAUAACUUGUAAAUGGAAGAAUCAAUUUAUCUAAUCUCUGUAUUCAAUUAUUUUUUUAAAGUACAGUUGAAUUUGCUGAAUCAAAUAUUUUAUCAAGAUAUAUUCAUUUUAUUCUUAUUUCAUUUUAUAAAAUCUGCCUAAUGCCAUCAGCAGUCAAUAUUCACUGAAAUUUCAUAUUCUGUAUAACAGUCAAAUCGUUGUAUUUAUUGUUGUAUUUGUCAUACUCAGCUAUCCAGCAUGUAUGUGUUGUGAGAUGGGUCAACAAAGAAUAAUAUGAUAAGCUUUAAAUUUUCACAGAAUCUUCCUGUACAUCUUCCUAACGUCUUUAAAGAGAAUUGAUGUGACUGCUUUGAAUCCAUUAUUCCCGUUUCUCAGACUUGGUUCUCUUAAGUGAUCUUUGUGAAGGCCAAGUUUCCAAACAAUGCCCUGAAAGCUCUCUAAGAUAUCGUUCAGUCCAUAGUACAGCAGUUUUAAGUCUACUGGAGAGCUUAGUCCACAGAGUAUACACAGUAAGUACCACAUCCAGAAGUGUUUACACAAAAUGUGCCAUAUAUUUUGUAACUUGUAGUAGAACCAAAAAGUGAUCCAACUAGUUGACGGUCCAUUUCAUCUUAUCUGAUUCUGUUUUUCUUUCCCUUUUAUAAUACAUCAUUUUGAUGAAAACACAUCAUAACUUCAAAAGCAUAUUGGCAAAAUGUGAAAUAUUUUUCAUAGUUUCUUUUUGCUGAACCAGCCCAAAUUUUGUCAUGUACUAAUAUUUGUAAAACAUUUAUAAAACUUGCAGUACUGUUAAGUAUUUACAUUUAAAAAAUACUUCCUUUGUGUCUUUUCCUUUAAAUUUUUGUGGAAAGAGAGAGGAUUACCUAAGUACAAGAUGCAGCUAACUGUUUAGACAUUUUGAACACAGUGUUUUUUAUUUUGUUAAAGGGUUAAGAACAACAUCAGUGAAUCAUCAAACAUGGUGCACAAAGCAAUUCUUUGGGAAAUUUCCUUCGUGAUAAAGGGAAAUGGGUGGAAUUGACAAUGAAAGCUGAUGAACAAGCUCCACGUUAUUUUAGCUAGUAGGACAGGGUGCAAUCACGUUUUUAUUCGCUAGUGAAAAAUGCUAAUUACUUGGGUUUUUUCCUAAAUAAACGAGAAAAAAAAAGUCCAAUUUAUCCAAUAAUGCAUUUUAUUUUGUGUCAUGGAAAAAAAGGAUCUUUAAAUCAGAAGUUUUCAAUACUGUUUUGGCUGUUCUCAUAAUGGCUAUACAUCGUAUGCUGUUAUAAGUGUAGACACUUUCUGAUGUCUACCAGGAAUUGAGAUGUAAAAUUAAAAUAUUUGUCAUAAUGCCUCUGCCGUGCAGAAGGGAUAAUAAUCCUUUUGUAUACUUCUUUUUAAUUUUAUUAUAAAUAUGUAAUGACUUUUACCUAUUUGCUGUGGGCAGGACCUCAGUAAAAUGGUUUAUAUUGAGUCAAUCUCUAGUCUUAACAAGCUCUUGCUUGCUAUCUAGGUGUUUCAAACUAUGGGAAACAUGAGACACUAGAAGGCAAGGAAAAUAACAAUAAUGGCAUGUGAUAGCAAAAUUGUAUUUCACUUAUUCCUGUGAAUAUUUCUUGUUGGUACCAAUGGUACUGUACAAAGUGAAUGUUAUAGCCACAACAUUCUCUUGAAAAGAACACUGUCAAGAGGUAGGAAAUUGCUGUUACGCAUUUUUGUGUUGUUUCUAAACUUUAAAAAAAAAAAAAGAGGAAGAAAUACUGGUUCUGCAAUAUGGAGAUCAGAGAUAAAGAAUUUUAACAAGGUCUCAUAUGAAAAAUUCUUUAAUUGAUUAAUUCGAGAUCCAAAUAACUCCGUUCAAUUAAUUAUAUCCCACAUUUACAGACUCAUUUGAUAGUUAAGGGUAAAAGGGGCAUCAUCUUUGUCUUUUUUGAGCAAAUAACUUUUAAAUGAAUUACUUUUUAUGAUAAAGUCAAAACGGAAGUUAUCUUUCAACAUUCAACUGAGUUUAGAACUAAGAAUUUACUAAUAAAAAAAAGUUAAAGUUUUCUGGAUCAUAAAAAUCUUGACAGUGUAACUUUUAAGUAGGUUCAUUUCCAUUUACACAGAAAGUUUCUAUCUUUAGGAAACUGAAAGGGAAUACUGUGGAUGUUAUGACUGUUUUGUGUGUAAAUAGGAAAUUGAUAAGCUGCCUAUUAUGUGGUAUAGCUGGAUGCUUACCCAAAAAAGGGAACACUGUGGUUAUGACUUGUAUUAUAAAGUCUUUGUAGUUAAUAAAGUUGUUAUUUUUAUAACCAUGAUUGUAUUAUUAUUCUUAAUAAUAAUAAAAUAUUUUAUCAAAAUG